AUGAAAUUAAAAUUAAUAUUUUUAAUUUUAAUUGAUUUGGUAAUUUGUUUGAAUAAUGGAUUUCCAAAUUUUGAUAUAAUGAAUAAAAUAACAAAUUUGAAUCCAUUGAUAUUAGAUAUUGGAUUAGAAACAUCAAAUGAUAAUUAUAAAUAUAUAGAAACAAUUUAUGGUUCAAUUUAUAUACCAAAUGAUGGUUUUGGAUUUUAUAAAAUAUUUUAUCUUAACAAUGAUAAAAAAAUUAUUAUUUAUGAAUCUAAUAUUUUUAAUGAAUUUAUUAAAAAAAUUUCUUGUAAACGUUUUUUUAAUAAUAUUAUUUCCAUAUUAUUAUUUUUAUUCAAUGGAAAUAUUUUACAAUUUACUAAUCAUAAACAUUUUUGGAUAUUAAAUAAUCAAUUAUUAUUUAAUAUUACAAAAUAUAUUUAUAACUCCGAUACGGUGCUUGGUCACACGGAUAGUACUAGUCCAACCAUGAGUACUACCAAUAGUACUCUGGGUACCACUGGAGCAAGCACCGUUACUCAGGGAAAGAGAGCUAAUUUUACAGCCACCGAGUGUACUAUGGGAAAGGGAGCUAAUUUUACAGCCACGGAGUGUACCACUAAUACUACUACUAAUACUAGUGGUAUUAAUACUGUGGAAGAUCCUUUUGGUGUUAAUGGUAUUAUUGGACAUGUACCAGACACCGUAAUGGAAAAAACCAAUGAAAUAAUAACAUAUAAAUUAGAAAAUGGUAAAUUACAAACAAUAAAAACAGAAAUAAAUGAAUUUAAACCUAUUGAGAAUAAUUUUAUAAAUAAAAUUAUCUUUACAAAUAAAUUUACAGGAAUUGAUUUUACUAUUUGGGAAUCCAAUAUUUGGUAUACAUCUGCUAAACAAAUUACUUUAAUUUCAUUAAAAACUUAUAACCACGUUACGGUGCUUGGUCCAACGGGUACUGGUCCAACGGGUACUGGUGCUACUACUGGCUAUGGACCUAGUACUAGUACUAAUGUUAACAAUACUAUUGGUGAUAUUACUACUGGAUAUGGUGGAUAUAGUACUGGUAUUGAGGGAACCCCUUUAGGGGCUGGUACGGGAGCUGUUGGAGCUACUGGUACUGGUAGUACGGGUGGAGUUGGAGCAAGCACCGUAAUGGAGGAAAUAAAAUUAGAUAAAUUAUUAAUAAUAUUACAAGUAGAUAAUAAUUAUCGUAUAUUUAGAUGGGAUAAUAUAUUGAAUUUAUGGAUAGAUUUGAGUCUAUUAUCACCAAAACUUACAGAAAUGAAAUUUUAUCCAAAUGAUAUAAAUACAAAUAAUUUAUUUAAAAAUUAUUCGGUUUAUCUUAAAGGUUUAAAUUAUUGUGUUGAAUUUCAUUAUUCUAUUGAUUUCUUACGAUUAUUCACACCCAAAUUAAUACAUACUUUUGAAUAUAAUUUUAUUAAUAAUACUGUUAAUAUUAAUAAUAAAAUUUUUAAUUCUAUUAUCAAAAUUAAUGAAAUGAGUGAGGAAUUGGAAUUUGAAAGAAAUGAGAAUAAUUUGGGUAUAGAAUUGGAUAUAAGUUUAAAUGAAAGUUUUUAUUAUUAUAGUAUUAAAAAUGGUCAUUUUAGACAAUUUAUACCAUUAAAAGGUUUUGCAUUUAAUAAAGUUGUACAAUCUAAUAUUAAUAUUAAAUAUUAUCUACAAUUUUACAAUACAGCGUCUGGUCCCACCAAUACCACUAAUACCACUACCACUACCAGUAAAGGUACUCAUAGUACUAAUAGUACUACUAGAAAGAGAGCUAAUUCUACAGCUACAGAGUGUACCACUGGAAAGAGAGCUAAUACUAAUAGUAGUAAUCCUAAUACUAGUACUGAGUAUCCUACUGGACCAAGCACCGUAACUAAGGAUACUACUAUGGGUACUAGUAGCGAGGGGGUUGAUGUGGAAGUUGGUUGUCGUGGACCUGAUACCAUAACGAAUACUGUUACUGAAGAUACAGUAAUGGAUUUAAGAAUGAAUAAAAUAAGAAGAAUAAGUAGAGUAAUAUGGUGUUGUAUAUUAAAAGGUAGUUAUUUAUCAAGAGUAUAUAUAUAUGAAAAUGAUAAUAUGAAAUAUUUAUUAUUAUAUAAUAAAAGAUUUUAUUAUUUCCUAUAUAAAUGGGAAAGAAAUAUAAAUUUAUGGAUAAAUAUACGUAUAAAACAUAUUGAUCCAAGUAAAUUUAAAUUUUAUAAUACAAGAGUACCAAUAACAAAUGAAAUACAAAUAAAAUUAAAUGAUUUUAUAUUUGAAAUUACAUAUGAAGGAACUUGUACAAAAUUAUCUUAUAAUAAAAAAAUUUUCUGGACUAGAAUCAAUUCAAAUUUCAAAGUCUUGAUCAUUAAAUUAUUAGAAAAUAAAAUCAAUUUACAUUUACAAAAUGGACAAGUCUUAAGAUAUCAAUUAAUUAAUAAUGAAUUAAAAUUAUAUCAAAUACAAUUAUCCAAUUAUACAUUUACGUAA